AUGGGCAUGAGAGUGGGUAUUAUGCCUGGUGAGGAGGACCCGAAGCCCAAGGAGAGUGAAGCCCACGACGAACCUGGCAAACCCACGGAGCUCUCAAUAGAAGAAUUCCACGAGCGCGCAGACUACUACCUGGGCGAGCUGGUACAGAGGUUAGAGGAGGCUCAGGAGAACGACCCUGCCAUCGAAGUAGACUACUCGGCCGGCGUGCUCGAAGUCACUUUCCAAGAGAACACAUUCGUACUGAACAAACAACCCCCGAACAAGCAGAUCUGGCUCAGUUCCCCAAUCUCCGGGCCGAAGCGAUUCGACUGGGUCGUCGCACAAGAAGGCAUGGACUUCAAGGAGGGUGGUGGCAUCGGCGACUGGGUAUACAUGAGGGACGGCAGCUCGCUCACUGAGAUUCUCAGGAAAGAGCUGGGCGUUGACGUCAGUGUUGACGAUCAGGUCCCGCGUUGA